AUGGCCAACAUCUUGAAAACCAAUUCAGGAAGAAUCGCACUUCGUUCAAUCACCCAAUCCUUGGCGGCGGCGUCAACUACAUCCACCAACCACACUUCUUCACUCCCCUCUCGAUUAUCUUCCGUUCGAUUUCUUCGCAGUGGUCGAGAUCCUAUCUCAAGGAAUUAUGAAACUAUUCCUCCGGUGAAUUGGGGGGUUCGAAUUGUACCGGAGAAGAAAGCGUUUGUCAUCGAGCGAUUCGGAAAAUACGUCAAGACUCUACCAUCUGGAAUUCAUUUCUUGAUCCCAUUUGUGGAUAGAAUUGCUUAUGUGCAUUCGCUAAAGGAAGAAGCAAUCAGUAUUCCUGAUCAGUCUGCUAUCACUAAAGAUAAUGUCACCAUUCUCAUUGAUGGUGUGCUUUAUGUUAAGAUUGUGGAUCCUAAACUUGCUUCUUACGGGGUUGAGAAUCCCAUUUACGCUGUCAUUCAGCUGGCUCAGACCACAAUGCGUAGCGAACUCGGGAAGAUUACUCUCGACAAGACCUUUGCGGAAAGGGAUACGCUCAAUGAAAAUAUUGUGGAGUCCAUUAACGUGGCUGCAAAAAGUUGGGGUCUAGAAUGCCUUCGAUAUGAAAUAAGGGAUAUCUCCCCUCCACGUGGAGUGAAAGCAGCUAUGGAGAUGCAAGCAGAAGCAGAACGGAAAAAGAGAGCUCAAAUUCUUGAGUCUGAAGGAGAAAGGCAGGCUCAUAUCAACAUUGCUGAAGGAAAGAAGAGUUCAGUGAUCUUGGCAUCAGAAGCAUCUAUGAUGGAUCAAGCAAACAGAGCAAGAGGUGAGGCUGAAGCCAUCAUUGCCAGGGCAAGAGCAACAGCUGAAGGACUUUCUGUUGUGUCACAAACCCUAAAAGAAAAUGGAGGAUCAGAGGCAGCAAGUUUAAGAAUAGCAGAGCAAUAUAUUCAUGCUUUCGGUAACAUAGCCAAGGAGGGCACCACAAUGUUGCUUCCUAGCUCUGCAUCCAAUCCUGCUAACAUGAUGGCUCAAGCCCUUACUAUGUAUAAAAGCUUAAUUGGUAAUGUUCCCAGUAAUACGCACAGUGGGACCGGACCCCCUUCAGUAGCAGGAAAAAAAGAAGGAAAUUAUUCAUCUGAUGACGUUAAAGAUAAGAGCUCAACAACCCUUACUACAACUAGAGGAAUCCCAGAUCAUCCUGGAUCAUCUGGAUUUUCACUUCAGAGUCCCCCAAAUAGGGAGUAG